GCUCGCCGCAGACAACGCGGCGGCGAUGUCCGCGAGCCAGGCGAGAGCCGCGGCGGCAGCGGCGGGGCCUCGCGCGCGGCAGGGCGGCCUGGGCUUCGGCCUCCCUCCGGCUCCUAGGAAGCGGGCCGGCGGCCAGCGCGGGAGCAGCAGCGGCAGAGGCGGAGGCUCCUGCGCGUCUCUCUCCUCCCCUUCAGCCUGAGCCCGGGGCGGCCAGGCGGCCCGGGCGGCUGGAGGGGGGUCCGCUGCCCGAGAAUGGGAAUUCUCUUCACCAGGAUUUGGAGACUGUUCAAUCACCAGGAGCACAAAGUUAUCAUUGUUGGGCUGGAUAAUGCAGGGAAAACUACCAUCCUUUAUCAAUUUUCUAUGAAUGAAGUCGUACAUACAUCCCCUACAAUAGGAAGUAAUGUAGAAGAGAUAGUGAUUAAUAAUACACGUUUCCUAAUGUGGGAUAUUGGUGGCCAAGAAUCUCUUCGUUCUUCCUGGAACACUUACUAUACUAACACAGAGUUUGUAAUAGUUGUUGUGGACAGUACAGACAGAGAAAGAAUUUCUGUAACUAGAGAAGAACUCUAUAAAAUGUUAGCCCAUGAGGACCUAAGAAAAGCUGGAUUGCUGAUUUUUGCUAAUAAACAAGAUGUUAAAGAAUGCAUGACUGUAGCAGAAAUCUCCCAGUUUUUGAAACUAACGUCUAUUAAAGAUCACCAGUGGCAUAUCCAGGCGUGCUGUGCUCUUACUGGCGAGGGAUUAUGCCAAGGACUUGAAUGGAUGAUGUCACGACUUAAGAUUAGAUGAUCUCUACUGACCUCUUCUCAUAGAUUUUGUAUAAACGAAUUGCUGGACUUGACCUGAAAGCUGCAAAAAUUAAUGGUUUAGAUAUAUUUAUAAUAAACUGAUUUAAACUUUUUCUAUUAGAAGAAAAAUUAAGACCACUUAUUUGGAAACAAAGAUGAAGUCUCACCUUCCAAUCUGCUUUCUCAUUAGUUCCUUCCAAAGCAAGGUCUUAAAGCUGUGAUUGACUUUAUUCUCAUAAUGAAUCCUCUCAGGACAUUGUGUAGCUUGUGGUAAGUACAAAGGGAGAGGAAGACAUUUUUAACUUUAAGAGCUUUAUUAUCAGUAUAACCCUCCCUGUUGAAUGUUGUUCUCUUCAUGUUCCAUUGUCAAAAUACAAAUCGCAGAUAUUCAGUUUCCAAUAUUUUAAAAUGUAAUGUUACUUAUUGAAAGUAUUUUGCGUAAGGUUGUGUAUGUAUUGUGUAUAUACCUCAAGUUCAAGUUAAUGGCUUUGAUUUACGUUCUACAGAAAAGCGAGUAACACAAAAGUUAGUAAUAUCCUUAGUUGUAACCAUAAUGAGGUGAGUACUGGCAUUGGUGUUAAGUGCUAUUUUGUACUUUUCCUCUACGUUCUCUGUAUUGUGCUAACCAACACUAACCAAUCCUAGAAAUCAUUGAGCUGCUCUUUAAAAAAAAAAAAAAGGAAAAAGCUUGAUGUUGUGUACCUAUUUUUUUGUUGAUCAAAUCACAUACAUGGAGACACAUAAGCCAACUGAAUGGAAUAUCUUUCACAUUCUUGGCUUAGUAUUACUAAGGGGCAGAGUUGCACACUGAGCAAUUAUCAGAUUGUUCCCUUUAUUGGAGCUUAUGCCAUCUAAAUUGCUGAGUAAAUUGUUAAUCCAUUAAUCAGUCAGUCAUUAAUUGUGAUUAAAAUUAUCAAGUGAUUUUUUUUUUGUCAGCAUUAAUUGAAAACUUUUGUGUGAAAUAUGUCUCUCCAGAGAAGUAUCACCUUAUAAAUAUUAUCAAAUAAUUUAGCUCAAGUCUUCUUAGGUAUUAAAUUAUGUGUCAAGCAUUUAAGGUGACUUUGAGAUGAAAAGUAAAGUAUAUUUUCUAAGCAACAAAGAUAAUUUCUUAAUUUGAAAAUUUCUUAUUUCUUAGCAGUUGAAAUAGUUUGAGAUUUUUUUUGUUUCUGUAAGUUUUCUCUUACACCACGUGAAUGCAUUGGUUGACAAUUAUACAAAUUCUUUUUAAUGCUUUUAAGAAUUUUGUUUAAAAAAUGAUUGACAUGAUGUAUUGUUUUUACUAAGAAGUAACUUGGCCUGAAAGACCUUUUAUAUUUGCUUAGCGUAUUUUUUUUUUUCAAUAUCUGAAAGUGGAAGGUAUUUCUGUUGUAACUAUAAACUUAUCCUAAGUGUGCUAAAACAUUCUUGGGUACUCUCUGUAUCUUUCAUGCCCUGAAUAUCUGAAAAGUAAUCCAAACUAGCAUGUUUUGGAAUAUUCAAGGAAAAAAAUAACUCCUUUAAAUACUAGCCUUUUAGAUUUCAUGAAGAUUUUGAUGAGAAAUAAUAGUACAUACUAUAAGCAUUGACAAAACUUUGGAGAUUUCUUUCUAUAAAAUAGUCAAUAUCUAAACCCAAGCCAGGCAUGGGAGAUCAGUGUUUAACGUUGGAUGUUUUGUGUUUUAUAUUUAUAUUAUAAUGUUCAAAAUGCAAGCAUAGCAUUUUAAUAUUUGUCAGCUUGCUUUUACAAAAGUAAAUCCUAAAUUACUAAGCUUUAUUUGUUCAUAUGUUCUCAUACUUUUUCAAAUCACUAUAAGGAAUUACUUGUUGUAUCUUAAAAACUCCCUUAAAACCCCAAAUCCAUUUUGUAGGUGUUGCAGUUUCAUCAGGGACAAAUAUUCUAUAAAGUAGCCCAGCAAAUCCACUCCUUUUAUCCUUUUUAUCUUUUAAUUUAAGUAAUCAUGGUUUAGUCCCUUGGAUUACUGCCACAUUGGUUCAACAGUAUACCAGCACAUUCCCUUGUCAUCAAGGUGUUGGCUAAAAUUUACUCUUAAUUGGAUGUUUAAAGCAUGCACUACAUUGUUACAGUUGGUUUAGUGUAGUAGAUUAUUGACAUGGCAUCGUGAGAAUGCAUGAAAUCUUAUACCACAUUUAUAAGACGUGAUUUUUUUUUUUUUGUUAUAUUCUACCUUUCUUGGCUAAGCAUUAGAAAUAAGGUGGUACUUAUAUACUUGUGCAUAAAACCAAAAUUACAACAGGGAAAAAAAUUUAAAUUCAUGUAUGAAAAUACGUCAAAAUCACAUUAGCAGUAUUACUUCCAAAUAAGAUGGAGAGACUCAUGAAUAGUCAUAUUGGCAAUUUAUAUGUAGUUUAAGUGGAAUUAAGCAAAAGGCAAUGCUUUUGGUUUUUUAAUAUGCUACUUUUGGGUGUAAACAAUCAUCUUAUUCAGGGUCGUUGUGCUCAGCUUUGAAAAGAACAAAACUUCAUACUUCUGUACAUGUGGCUGGAUAUAAAUAUCCUGUGUUUGAUACUAAUUUUGAAAGUCAUAACUUCUCUUGAUAUCUUGGUAAAAGUAACCAUAUGCUAUAUGGAUUUAAAUAUGUUUAAUUUUGUCAUGAUAGCAUUUAUAAAGUAUAUCUCACACAUUAUAUUGAGGAUUUUUGUUUGAAAUUUUCAGUUCUCUCUAUUAUCUUUGGCUCUCACAAUGGGCAAGGAAUACAAUGAAGGCAGGUAGUUUGAGGGGCAGGGGGAAGUGGGUAGGGAAUAUGACAUUUUGCCUUAAGAAUAAAGAAGUGCUUUAGCACUGCUGGCUGGCAUUUUUAAUGCAGGUAGUUAAAGUGAUUUUAGAAGUGCGGCAUGAAAUAGAAGAGUCCCUGGUUUCUGACCUUUAAGAAGUGCCUAGUAGGUAGUUACAGUGAGAUUACAGAGAAAUGCAACGAGCUUGAGGAAAGGCAGGAAGUCCCUGAGAUGUUCUUUUUUUUUGUCUGAGUGUGUAGUAUUAAGAUGCCUAGAAAUGGGAUUCUAUUGUCCUCUCUCUUAUAGGCACUUUACAUUUCUUGCUGUGACUACAGCAACCACAUACAGUACAGACAACCUCAAAAUCUGUUUAUAUUAGUGUAAAUAGAAAAGCUGUAGACAACUUUCUAGUUUUCUCUGCAGGCAUUUUGGGGAAUAUAUCUGUAGUGUGUUCUACUUUGUACGUAGGGAAUAGCAGCGCAUGUGCCCCAGAUUAUCUGUAGACUUGGAGGUCAUCUUCUCUCAGUUGUGUCCUGGCAUCAACCCCUCUUUCAAGGCUGGAUAGAGACAAAAUUUCUUUGGAUGACUUAAUUUUGACCCCUCCUACUGUUCAAAUUUAAUCUGGAACUUCUUGCUUCAGAAUCAGCUUGGCCAUAGCUCAGCCAUCCUUCGCUGUCCUGUAUCUUCUUCACCAUCAAUGAAGAUGUGUUAUCUCGGUCCUGGAGGUAUUCUAAACUUCGCCUAUAUACAUUGUUCCACAAACCACUAGUUUCUUAGUAGGUUCUCUAGUUCUCUACUAUUCCCCUACCACUGGCUUGAUUCAUUGAUUUGUGCUUUGCUUAUUAGUGUGUUGUCAGAGUUGGUGAAUACAUCAAAAGACUGGCUUGCUGUAUAUAUAGCAUAUAAGUGCCAGUAGUAGACUCAUUUAAAUUAUACUGUAUUUAACAUUUUAAUGCUUCUUAAUUUUAGCUUCAUGUGCUGAAAGGUAGAUUUAGAAAGAUAAGAGACUGCCUAGACUCUGCCAGCUCCUCAAGCUACUAGUUAGGUGUGGAAGGGAUUAAGUUAUAUGUGUAUUAUCUUCCACUGCCAAAAAUGGGUUAUGUUUUAGAAAAUACCAGUACAAACAAUUUGAGUUGGAAAAAGAUGACAAACUAAAUUUAUAUGUAGUGUUUAACCUGAAGACGUCCUUACAUCCUUAAAACCAUAGCCCACAUUCUGUUUUUUUCCUCAUGUUUACUUAUAGGACAAAGAUAAAUAUUAGAUGUCUAAAGGAAUUAGUAAUGAGAAGCCUGUCUUUACAAAAUAAACCUGAUGAAAUGGGCUUUAAAAGACAUCAAAAUCAUCAGCCACGGUGUGUUGACUCUGUGUAGAUGCAGACAUAAUAUGGAAAAUACUUUAAAGUUCCACUUAUACAAAAAUAAAACUUCAAUAUCGUGCUCCCUAGAAUGUCUGACAAUUUUAAGACCAUAAUGGUGGAAUAAAAGAAGGAAAGAAUUUAAAAACUUUGGAUGCUGUAAAGUGACUGCUUCUAUUAAACCCUAAAGUUGUGUGUGGAAUUGUGAAGAAAUUGUAACAGGAUACAGUUGGGUUAAUUAUGCAAUAUUUCUUAUCGAGUAUCUAGUCCUUGUGUAUUGUUCUAAAAACUGAGGUUUAAAUCUUUAUGGUCUUGCCUGCUAGAUAUGCUGUUCCUUGGUGGAAAAUUCCCAUAGUCUGUACUCAAGAAGUGCCUAAAAUUGAUUUGUGUUGAUUUUGAAGUCCAUCUAAUAAAUUAUAUGUAUUUUCUAUGGUAUUAUAUGUGCUUGGCUUACUGAUGACACAGCCCUGAGGGUCUCUAAGUCAUGAUUUGUGCUUUGAGUAAAAAGCCUUGGAAUUGAAAAUACCCAUCAUAACCCUCAACAAACUGUAGUUUAAAGAAGCAGGAACCAAACCAUUUUUUUCUCUUUCCUGAUGCAGAUAUUCCAUGACCCUGGCGUUAGUUAAUGCAGAGACUAGAAUACUGAACUCUAUUUCUGUCUUUUAAAAUAGUUUUAACACACAGAAAAUAAUAUUGUGUUUUAAAACCUUAGUAAAAGGUUACUGUUUGUAUGAGACUAGCCUCUUAAUUCUCCCCAUACUUAGUGGUUUGUAAUUUUGAGUCAUAGCAUUUAGGUCUUGAGCCAUUUCGUUUGUGCACAUGCCAAAAUCCUUCCUCUUUAUUCAGAUUCUACUUAUAAACCAAAAUAUUUGAUGGAACUCUAUUAUGUUUCUCAUAUAUUGUUUUUUUUUUUUUUUCCUGACCAUAGAGUGAGUGUAAAUUGUGGGGGCAAAGACUUGACUAUGUUUUCAGUGAUUUACAAUUACAUUAUGGUCAUAUUUAAAUCAUCUAGCAUGGAAAGUGAAAUGUGUAUGUGAUUUUAAAUUAUUGUAACGUAUACUGUUUUCUUCCCCAAAACUUCUUACAUUGGUAUACAGAAUUCCUCUAAUUAUUUUUGCUUGAAACUAGUCCUUUGAAUUGGAGUAGCAUUUUCUUACAUUUUGUCCCUCUGUGGUUCCUUGAGAGGAGGUGAUACCUGCAGAGCACUUUUAAAGAUAUUUUCUGGGUUAAUGUUCAAGAUAACACUUUGAGGAGGAAGCUAUAGUUAUGUCUAAUGAGGGUUCUUUUGGUUGCUAGAGAUGAGAAAAAUGUAUACAAAUUUUAAUUUGUGCUUAAAAUACAUUUUACUAAUAGUAUUGAUUUUAAAUAUGACGAAUUCUUCUCGUAGAUAUUAACCUUUUUUGCUUAUUGUAUUUUCCUAGAAAAGCCUAGAUGAAAAUGUGUUCCAAUUAGUCUCUUUGUAUAACUCCCCCUCCCAAAUUGAGCUCUGUGUAUAUUGACAUAAUUGAAGCUGCAUUUAAUAUAACAAAGAAGUUAGAAACCCUUUUGAAAAGUUUUAGGUUUUUCUAUAGGAAUUUCUAAUAUGAUAAAAAGUUUUGACUCAAGCUUUGUAUACAAGAAGAGGUGGAAAAUUUGUCUUAUCUCUUUAUGAUUUUAUGAACUUGUGUUUCUCUGUAUCCUAGGAAAAUGUCGCGCUCAAGGAAUUUUCCAAAAAGUGAGGAUCUUAGAGCACUUGAGUACUUCUGUAUUUCCUCAGUGCUGGUGUCUUAGAUCUCUAGGGAAGUGAAGCUCCAGGGGCUUCUUGACAAGAUAACGUCCUGGAUGGCUGGGGGAUAUUUGUGCCGAGGUUGGGAGGGAGUGGCAGACUGAAGGAGAGACCUCUCCACCUGUGAAGCAGUGCAGUCAGCUGCUUUGCAGGUGUGUUACUUCAUUAUACUUGUGACAGUGUUCCUGUGUCCAUAACAGACUGAAGUGUCAAGCUCCAGAAAUGUAAGGCAUUGGUCAGUAGUAGGACCUUGUUUAUAAUGAAAUAAAGUAGUAAUGUUGGGAUAUGUUUGGGGAAAAUGACAAAUAAAAUCUACUGGUGAAUUUCCAUGUUUAAUAUGUACCUUAACUUUUUUUUUUUUUUAAGUUGCAUGUUAACCUGGGAUAAAGUAUUGUCUCUGCUUUAUGCUUUGAGUAAAAAGGAACAAAAAAAAGAUGAGUUAAAUUGUUACUCUAUUAUGUACUAUUACAUAUACCUUUUCUUUUAGAAAGGGUUAAUUAUAAUUACAAUUCACA